GCGGGCAGCUCCGGUCCCCGCUGGGGGACUCUCGAGAGCCAGAGGGGAGUCCCAGCUCCCCUCCCUCCCUAGUUUUUUCCGAGGGAUUGUGUAGGCCCGGGGCUCCUCCCGGAAGGAAUAAACAGCUGCGGGGACCUUCUGAUCGCGAAGGGCCCAGAUCCUGCCUCCAUGUCCGGGGUCUUUGAGCUGCAGCCACAGGACGGCGGCGCCCCGGUCGCCCUGGCGCCCGGGGAGACGGUGAUCGGCCGCGGCCCGCUGCUGGGAAUAACAGACAAGAGAGUGUCCAGAAGACAUGCCAUUCUUGAGGUGGUGGGCAGUCAGCUUCGAAUCAAACCGAUACACACAAGUCCAUGUUUUUAUCAGUCUUCUGAGAAGAGCCAAUUCUUACCAUUAAAGACAAAUCUUUGGCACUGGUUGAAUCCUGGAGAUAGUUUUUCUUUAUUAGUUGACAAGUACAUUUUCCGUGUUUUCUCUACAUAUUCUGAAACAGAAUUGGAAUCUACUUUAAGAAACAGCCAAAUGCUUGAUGCAGAUGAUAUGUUGAAUGAAACACCAGAAUCACCCUUGGCGAAGUUGCCUGAUAAGAAAAGUGGUGCCCCACAGCUGGAAAGAAGCGCAGAGGUAGCAACAGCUCAGACUUCUACCACGAAAAGUGUGUCUUUCCUAGGUGAAUGUUCAGACUUCAGUAAGCAGCAAUUAAACCCUGCCCAGAGGAAAAGAAUCCUUCCAGCGUGGAUGUUAACAGAAAAUCUAGAUAAUGCAAUCCAGGAAAGUGGAAGAGGAGUCUGCAAAGAUAAAACCCAAGUAAACAUAACACAACAAGGAAGAAAGCGAUUAAUUUCACCAGGAAGCUCAGAAAGUAUGUCUGCAGAGCAAGACACAGGAAAAAAGUACAAAAACGCUGAUCAGGAAGAGUCUAUUAUUUCAUCCAAGCAAAUGCCACAAUCACUUUCUGCGAUCACAUUAAGUAACACAGAUACGAAUAACAUGAAGACUUAUGCACAGAGAAACAAAACCCCAACAGAGGAACUUGGUAAAGUUCCUGAACAUAAAAUCAUCGCUAAAGGAACACUAAGGAAAGAAGAAGCAGUGAGCCGCUCGGAGAGCUGUUCGAGUGCCCAAGGCCCAUCCUGCCAUAGUGAGUCUCAAGGAUCUCAUCCCGAGUGCAGCUCUGGUCCUGCCGACCCCGAGAUUUUGCAUGCUAAGGCAACUGAUUCAGUUCUACAAGGUUCUGAAGAAAACAAGGUCAAGAGGACAUCCUGCAUGUAUGGGGCAAACUGCUACAGGAAGAAUCCUGUCCAUUUUCAACAUUUCAGUCACCCCGGUGAUAGUGACUAUGGACGUGUAGAAGCCACACAUCAAGAUGAGGCUGAUAACCGGCCUGAAUGUCCUUAUGGAGAAUCUUGUUACAGGAAGAAUCCUCAGCACAAGAUAGAAUACAAACACAGUACACUUCCAGGGAGAAGCAUUGUAGAGGAAGACGAUGGGCAGUCCAGUGAGCAGGACCUGAAUGACAGCUUUAUAGAUGAUGAGGAAGAAGAAUAUGAGCCAACAGAUGAAGACUCUGACUGGGAGCCAGGAAAGGAUGAAGAGAAGGAAGAUGUGGAAGAGCUUUUGAAAGAAGCAAAAACAUUUAUGAAAAGAAAAAAGUAACUUUUCUUCAAUAAUACAUGGCUCAUGUUUACUCUUUCUUUAUGGAAAAACAUUCAAGAACUAAGGAGGCACUUAAGCAAUAAUUAUUUUCCUUUCUAUAGCUAAGACUUUACUGUUGACCCACUGCAAAUGAAACAUUGAAAUGUCAGCCCUCGGUGUAGUGUAUGGAAUUUGUUUUGUCACUUUGCCUUUUCUAUCCUAUUUAAAGCAUCUAGAAAUGGAAAGUAGAGUUAAAGAGAAGUAAUUGAUAUUUUUCACGUACUUUGUCUGUUGGUUAUAAAAAGCCAUAGGUCGCA